UCACUCAUUCCUAAGGAGAGCAUCGACACAGCGGGAGUGAAACACAUUUCAAGAAAAACAUUUCUCCUUUCAUUCCAGAGUGAAACUAUAGAGUGAGGGUUUGCACUGGGUUUGACUUCUCCUCCAAGCAAGCAGAGGCCAGCGGCCGGGAGAUGUCCCUGAGCGGGAAGGUGGGACUGGUGACCGGGGGGGCCCAGGGCAUCGGCCGUGCCGUGGUGGAGUCCCUUCUGAACAGUUCAGUUAAGGUGGCUGUGGUGGACCUGAACCAGGAGGUAGGCCAUGAAUGCCAGGUGCAGCUGGACGCUAAAUACGGAGAGGGGAACUGCACGUUUAUCCAGUGUGACAUCACAGACGGGGAUAAACUCAAAGAUGCCUUCCAAAGAACCGUGGACCUGUAUGGCCGGCUGGACUAUGUGGUCAACAACGCUGGCAUCAACAAUGAGAACGACUGGGAAAAGACUAUACAAGUCAAUUUGACGUCAGUCGUUAAGGGAACCUAUCUCGCUCUGGACCACAUGAGCAAAGAACACGGCAAGAGUGGCGGGGUCGUUAUCAAUGUAUCAUCCAUGGCAGCAUUCCUGCAUUCUCCACAUCAGCCUGUCUACACGGCGACUAAAUACGGAGUCAUUGGUUUCACCAGAGCAAUAGCGGAUGCCUCGUUGCUGGGAGACUAUGGAGUCCGGAUCAACGUCCUCUGCCCUGCGUUUGUCAACACACCCUUGCUGCACUCGGUGGAGAACGAGGCCAACAUGGGGAAGUUUGUGAAGUUCAAGGAUGACUUCAAACAGAGCAUGAACAAGUUUGGAGUUCUGCAGCCUCCGCUGAUUGCAGAAGGGGUGAUGAGGCUGAUAACGGACAGCGGUCUGAACGGCGCUGUGAUGAAGAUAACGUGCUCCAAGGGAAUCCACUUUCACACAUAUGAACCUCCGUCCGCCUGAGCCCCACUGAGACACACUGCUCCUGUCACAGCCAGCCGCUACUGCAGCAGGUCUCGCAUCAGUGGAAUGGUUUCAAUAUCAAUACCCUGAUGUGAUCUGUAGCGCAAUGUUUCCAAAAGGAAAUAUAUUUACACACACACACAUGUCCAUAAAGACAACAUUAACACAAUAGAAGGCCCAUGUCUCUAAUAACCAUAUGGAAUAUUGAAUGAAUCAAAUCUUCUCAGACACAAAAUAGAGCAAAUACAUAAAUACAUUUACACUUGAGGCCAGGUAAAACCCAUAUCACACUUGUUAGCUUUUACUUUCCUCUUUAUUGCAGAUACAAUGCAUAAAGUAUGUUAUACAAGUAUAACAUUUUACCUUUGCUUAUGAUAUGCAGUUUUCAUGUUUUGAUAAUGCUUUACGGCAAUAUGUUUAUUAGGCUUACAUCCACAGUAAUUAUUUAUUAAAGACAAACAAGUGGAGGAAUAAUUUAACUGUUUUAAUAAAUUAAUUGUUGACUAACGCUAUUUUGUGUUGUUACAAUUUGUAUUGUAUGGUAUCUAAGAAAUUGUAUCGUAUUUAUCAAAGUCAAUAAUGUGUGUCUGCUCUAAGUUUUCUAAGUGCUCUAAUAUCUCUAAGAUAUUAGCUUUUAGGCCUUCUGGACUUAAGUGUAUGAUCUGAUCUCCUGGUCGAUAUCAUCUGAAGCUUCUGCAGAGCUGCCACACUCCACAAGCUCUCAAUUACCCUUUUAAAUUUUCCAUUUACCUUUACUGCCAACCACCACUUAUUGUUGAGUUUCAAAAGUCCAAUAAU